CUUAAUAUAAAUAAUAUUUCAAUGUGAUAGCAGAUAUUUGUCUUGAUAAAUAUUCGACAUUUUAUAAUAAACAUUACAGAUAAAAUUCAUAUCAAAACAUUGGUUAUUAUUCAGUGAUUAAUUGAGACCGAACAGAAACAGACAUGUCAAGUAAAGUGGCCGUCGUCACAGGUUCUAACAAAGGCAUAGGACUAAGUAUCGUUAAAGGACUAUGCAAAAGAUUCACUGGAAUCGUUUAUCUAACUUCAAGAGAUAUUGAGCGAGGAAACAAUGCAAUUAAAGAUUUAAGAAAGCAAGGAUUGUUCCCACGUUAUCACCAACUAGAUGUAACCGACAGAGAAAGUGUUUUAAAGUUUAAAAACUAUUUACAAAGCAAAUAUGGCGGAAUUGACAUACUGGUGAAUAAUGCAGGUGUUGCUGUUAGCGAGGCGUAUCCAAAUUUUGAAGAAAACCAAAUGAUUAUUGAUACUAAUUACAAGAGUAUUUUGACAAUACAGGAAUUGAUAUUUCCUUUAAUAAGAGACAACGGGCGUAUUCUUAAUAUAUCUAGUGAUUGCGGACAUCUUUCCAACAUUAAAAACAAAUAUUGGAUCGAUAGAUUAUCGAGUCGAAGCUUGAAUAUGGAAGACAUUCAAGAGUUUAUCGAUUGGUUCCUCAAAGCGUGUGAGAGCAACACAUUCAGAAGGGAUGAUAUCGCUGACGAUGGAUCAUUUGCAGCGUACAGAGUCGCUAAAGUGGCAUUGAGCGCCGCGACAAUUUUGCAACAGAAAGAACUUCAGACACGGAAUAUUUCCGUUAAUUCAAUGCAUCCGGGCCUAGUACGAACUGAUAUGUCACGUCAUAUUGGAUUUUUAAGUGCUGACGAAGCAGCCGUGACUCCACUACACCUAGUUUUGGACGCACCGGAUUCACUUAAAGGUGCUUAUGUUUGGUUUGACGGUAAACUUAUAGAUUGGUACAACUAUAACUCUGAUUGUUAUUUUAAAAGAUCUUCAUAUUUACAACUUUUAGCUGAGGCAGGUCUCUAAUUUGUUUAAGGUUUUUAAUUUUUUAUUAUAUAUAAAUUAGUGUAAAUGUUUGCAAAUUUCUUGAUAUUUAUUGAGAAUAUU